ACAAUCAAAGCGUAAGUAAAAGAAUGGAAGCACAGAAUAGCUGUCAUUAGCACAGUCAAACAAAAGCACGUUAAAACAAACACUGUCGUGUUCUCGUGAUAAAUGUGAGUCACUACACUCUACCAGAACACGUAAUAUCAGCACCGUCUGUUAAUAUAUUCAAAACGAGAUUGGACCUCCACAGUAUUACAAACUGCAAGGAUUAAUAUAGGUCGACAGACCUCCUAUCCUUAUUACUGAAGACUGAGAGAGCGGUUACAUCAGAUCAUCCGUUACGUUCUUGUGGCUAUGGCGGUUGAUGUUCAUAAAGAGGUUUCGCCUGCAAAAUUUAUUGAUAGAAUAGAUAUAAAUAAUGAAGACUACAUUCGAGAAUUAUUAAGACCUCCAGAUAUCAAGGAGGAUGUGAAACUAAUGCAGGAACGUAGUCGCGUUUCACUCAUCUUACGUUCUGCAUAUUUUCGGAAAGAAUUGGAAAAGAUCGUGGCAUCAUCAUUAAAAUCUGGGUGUCUUAACGCUAAUGUUAUCGCUCUGAAGCAAAUAGUUGAGUAUCUGACACCACAAACUCGACUAGGAUCUUCUGCUUUCACAAGAGGUGCCACUGUCCCUGUAGUACCAAUUAAUGAUUUACGCACUGUUCAACUUGGCAGUUACGUUAAAGGGGAACGCCUUAUACGAUGUAAAUUGGCUUCUGUCUACCGAUUAGUUGACAUCUUUGGUUGGAAUACAGGGAUCAAUAAUCAUAUUACGGCUCGGGUUUCUCGAGAUGCUGACGAAUAUCUGAUCAAUCCCAUUGGUUUACUGUACAACGAACUAACCGCCUCUUCUCUCGUAAAAAUUAACCUUGAAGGAUCUAUUUUGGUUCAAGGAUCUGUUGAUCUAGGCAUCGAUAGGCAGAGUUGGAUGUUGCAUGCAGCUGUUCACAGUGCCAGACCAGAUGUCAGAUGUAUUAUUCAUCUAAGUACUUCAGCUGCAGUAGCAGUAUCAUGUACAAAUGCAGGUCUUUUACCAAUCAGUCAAGAAGCCAUGAUUUUGGGUGAGACAGCUGUUUACGACCCGUUAAUUGUUUUGAAUAAUCUUCAGCGAAAUGGUGAAGAAGACUUAGACUCUCGUAAAGAGCGUCAUUUUGAUGCACAGAAAGCAGAAAUAUCCCGGAUAUUUUCGGAAAAAUCUCCCAGUUGUAUGGUUUUAUUGGUUCGUAGUUAUGGUCUCUUAGCUUUGGGACAAUCGAUUGAGGAAGCAUGGUUUAUUGCUUUUACAUCCAUGUUAGCGUGUGAAGCACAGUUACGUUUGGCGAGCAUCAGUUUGGAUGAAUUGGUUAUCCCUACCAAAGAAGCUCAAGAAGCCGCUUACUCCGUAGGACGUACUCCCUCUGCUGUUCAGUUGCGAGUUGGCGAAGUCACUGGUAGUUCAGGUUGGAGGCGUGGAGAACUUGAAUUCGAGGCAUUAAUGCGUAGAUUAGACUCUGCUGGAUACCAUACGGGUUAUGUUUACCGACUAAGUCAAGUACGCCAGGGUUCAACUGCGGCAUCAACUCUCCAACGUCCGUCAGCAGAUUUGCUGGAUAAUGCCUCCACUCAAAAAUCUCGUGAUGCCGCAGCCCAUGUUCGUCGUGCAGCUAGUCUUGGUCGUGGUCUUCGUGGCCUCAAAGAUGUAGAGAUACCGCCUACAGUUUCAUCUUUUGCAACUUCAUACUACGGGGAUGAGGAAAGUAGAGCUACUGCUAUUGCUGAAAUGAAAGCCAAAACACUCUCACUUUCACGUGCACAUUGGCUGAGUACACCAAAUGCGUACCUUCGGGAAGAGAUUGAAGAAGUGGGUACUCCGAAUCCUAAAAAGAUAACCCACUGGACAGAGGGGUCAGAUAUCAAUAAAACACGCACCGGUGGAGUAGCUGUCCCGCUGAUUGAUCCCAAUCAAUUUGCAUUGCAGGGUUCGGAUCCACAGGAGUUUAAAAAUCAACAGAAGAAGGUGAAAGAUAAAUAUUACAAGGAUGUAAGGUCUGCUGGACCAAAAUCUCGAAUUUUACAAGGUAUUGACUUAGAAGAUGAGUCAGAUGAAACUGAUGGGGGGAUCGCAUCGCCUAAGGUUGUUAGUCCGAAAGGCACACUACUUCGAUUGGAUCCUUCCAACCCUCCGUCUCUGGAGCCUGGACAUGUUGUUGUGGUUGGGGCAGCUAGUAAAGGUAUCAUAAAUCGUAAUCAGAGACACAAUGUUGGUGUUUACCAGUCUCUAUACUCGCCAAAUCCAUUCGAUAGGAUGACAGACGAAGAUCUUGAGCGCUACAAAGAAAAUGUUGAACGCAAAGCUAAAGGUUUACCCUCAUUAGAGGAGGAAGAGGCAAGAGCUCGCAUAGAGGAAGCUCGGCAGGCUGUGGUGGUGGCACGAGAGGCGAUGGAAGCAGCCUCUCGUAUGGGUACAGAACAAAAAUAUAAUGGAGAACCUAGUUUAGACGUAAGUCGUAUUCAUGCAGUUCGGUCAGAUACCAGUGGAGCUGAAGCUAGCCAUGAUGAUACUGAAAAAGAGGCUAAAAAAGAUGACAGUAUAUCAGAAAGGAAAAAGAAGCGUCGUUUCAAAAUGCCUUCGUUUGCACGAAAAUCCAAGAUUAAAGAAUCGAAAGAGAAGAAAUAAAUAAAACUGACGAUGAUAUUUGGUCUACUUUUUUAUAUAUAAGUAGGCAAUACAUCAACGGCUUCAACUUUUUCAGCAUUAAAAACAUGCGCCAAAUUGAAUUUAGUCUGAGAUACUUUAUUGUUUUUUUUUCAAUUGCUUCACAUCAGUGCGCUCAGCUUUAUGUCUGUCUGGUUACCGAUUUUCAACUACGUACGCCGGGCUUACAUCGAAUAUAAUUCACCUCGCCUUAAUUUUCCUGCAAUGUCGAAUAUAUAGAUAAGAUCUUGAUUUAAUCCUUACAUUUCUACGUUUAAUCCUCAAUCUACUAACUUAUGGCUUGUUGUGAAAUUUCUUAUUAUUCGCGCUGAUCUUUCACCGUGUCUGUUUGUUUAAUUUUAAUUUUUCUUGCUUUGUUAGGAAUUAUGCAUUCAUUGUUCUUGCGAUGGAGUUAAUAAAAUCCUGAUUUUGUCAAUUGUUUGUUGUUACUCCUGUGUAGUUUUUAUAAAAUUAUCUUGAAAAUCGUAUACUGAAUCCACUAUGGCUUUAUUGAUAAUUUUUUAUUUUCUCUACUGGUUUAUUAUUUGCAUCUAUAAACGUUCUUUUUUAUUUAUAUGUUUCAGUCUUGCUACAUGAAGAUUCUGAUAGAUUGUAUUCUCCAGGAUAUCCAUACCAAAAACGUAAAAAUAUUCGGAUACGAUUCUCAUCUUGAUUAUGUACUGGCUUGCUUCGAUCUAUCGUUUAGCAGUCAGUCAACUGCAAAGUAAAACCUGGCAGAUUUGUAUCAUUUCAAGUUGCAACAUUACAUCAGCGUAGUGAAAUAAAAUUACCAAAAGUAGUAGUAGAGUGAGCAGAACACCCGUGGGGACAAUCGAAUGUAUUUAACACAAAAUUACAGGACUUGUUAAUAAAAUCUAACAAUCAUAAAGUAAACGCUUAAUUUG